UCCGCGAGGAAGUGGAGGUGUCAUGGCGGCCAUCGGCGUCCACCUGGGGAGCACUUGCGCCUGCGUCGCCGUUUAUAAGGAUGGCCGUGCAGAUGUUGUUGCCAAUGAUGCAGGUGACAGAGUUACUCCUGCUGUUGUUGCUUAUUCAGAAAAUGAAGAGGUGGUUGGGUUGGCAGCAAAGCAAAACAGAGUAAGAAACCUUUCAAACACAGUCGUGAAAGUGAAGCAAAUUCUUGGAAGAAGCUCUGGUGAUUUGCAAGCUCAGAAGUACAUUGCAGAAAGUAAAUGUUCAGUAAUUGAAAAGAAUGGAAAACUUUAUUAUGAAAUGGAUAGCAAAUUUGUUUCCCCUGAAGAAGUUGCAAAAUUGAUCUUCAGGAAAGUGAAAGAAACAGCUCAGUCUGCUUUGGGUUCUGAUGUCAAUGACACAGUUAUUACGGUGCCGUUUGAUUUUGGAGAGAAACAGAAGAAUGUUCUCGGACAAGCCGCUGUGGCAGCUGGGCUGAAUGUUUUAAGGCUAAUUCAUGAACCGUCAGCAGCUCUUUUGGCAUAUGGAAUUGGGCAAGAUUCACCCAAUGGAAAAAGCAACGUGUUAGUUUACAAACUUGGAGGAACAUCCCUCUCCAUCACCGUUAUAGAAGUCAACAGUGGGCUCUAUCGCGUUCUUUCCACCAACACAGAUGACAGCAUAGGUGGAAUCUGUUUCACGGAAGCUGUUGCCCAGCAUCUGGCUUCUGAAUUCCAGAGGUCUUAUAGAUACGAUGUGAGAGAGAAUUCGAGGGCCAUGAUGAAGCUGAUGAACAGCGCUGAGGUUGCAAAGCAUUCGCUGUCCACGCUGGGAAGUGCAAACUGCUUUGUCGACUCCCUCUACGAUGGGUUGGAUUUUGACUGUACACUUUCUAGGGCCAGAUUUGAACUGAUUUGCUCUGCACUCUUUAACAAAUGCAUAGAAGCCAUAAAAAAACUCUUGCACCAAGUUGGACUGGCAGCAGAUGAUAUCAAUAAGGUCGUUCUCUGUGGUGGUUCUGCCCGUAUCCCUAAACUACAACAGUUGAUUAAAGACCUUUUUCCCACUGUUGAACUGCUGAAUUCUAUACCUCCUGAUGAAGUCAUUCCCAUCGGGGCUGCCAUAGAAGCUGGGAUCCUGUUAGGAAGAGAGAAUCUCUUCUUAGACAGCGAGAUACUGUCUAUUGAAUGUUCCAGCAAAGAUAUCUUGGUCAAGACAAUUGAUGAGUCAGGCACUGAUAAAUUUAUGGUGUCACUGCCAUCAGGAACUCCUUUACCAGCUCGAAGACAACAUAUUUUCCAAGCCCCAGGAAGCAACUCCUCCGUCUUUGUAGAGUUUUACGAAUCUCUGAAAAAAAGCGCCAUAAAAGAGGAUGACAAAUUUGCACAGAUUGUACUUCAGGAUUUACAUGUAAAAGAAGGCCUGCAUGAUAUCCUAACUGUACUUACAAUGAAAAGGGAUGGAUCCUUACACGUUACCUGCACAGAUCAAGAUACUGGAAAAUGUGAAGCUAUCACAAUGGAUGUGGCAACAUAA